AUGAAAAUUUUAAAUUCAGAUUCUGAAUACGAGGAAGAACAAAUACCACGCUAUAGACCAGACUCGUUAGCAAGUCUCUGCAGGGCAACUAGAUUUACUGAAGCGGAAUUGAAAAGGAUAUACCGUGGCUUUAAAGCAGUGUGUCCUACAGGCGUGGUCAGAGAGGACACUUUCAAAUGUAUUUACUCACAGUUUUUCCCUCAAGGU